UGAUUAAGAUGCCAGAUAGCAGUUAUUUUACUUACGAACAUGAACAAAAAAAAAAAAAUGGUUCUUCAAUGUCAGUUAAUUCGUUUUUGUUCAGUGUGAAAGCUCAAAUUUCAGUAUAAAAAUGGCACAUUCAGUUUAUUUGCCUAUAAAUAACAAUUAAAUGAGACAUACAACUGUAAAAGUUACCAAGGCACUCUUAGGAUACAAUUUAUUUGAAUUGAUUUAAAUGAAAAUAUGCUUUGAGUGCUCCAAGAGAGUAGAAAAGCUCUCUAUAAGAAUCAACUAUUUAAAUACCAACUGUGACUAGCAAUACCUGUGAUACUGUAUAUAACCCAUAGAGGGCAUUAAAAAUAAAAGUACCAAUGUGGUCUAGCGCAGAUUAGUAUGCAACAUAACAACAGGAUCUACAUAAAGAUUACAUUUUAACUGUAACAUCCUUGUGUUUUUUAUGUAAUAAGUUUUUAUGGUCAUUGUUUUUAUCUCUGGCCUGGUGAUAAGGACAUUGGAAAGUUAUCUUUUAUGCUUUUUAUCCAUAGAGCCCAUUUUCACCUCACAGUUUCAUAACUAAUAUUGAUUUUGUGCUUGUUUUUCAUGUGGAAAUGUUAAAUAACAACCCCGAAGUUACUGAUCUUUGUACAGUCCACAAGUUCCAUCAGUGACACAAAAUAAACACAAGAAAGUGCACGCAAAUCACAUUUCGUUUGUACUGUCCUAUUUGAAUUAGAGCACAGUUGAAGGUGGACUUUUUUUUCCCUCUCUGCAGUGUGUAUCAGGUUCAAACAGCAGAAUGAAGAUGGCCGACCGUCCCCCAGUGCAACCCAGAUGUACAGGAAGCAGCAAUGUGAAGCAAAACUAGAGACCCCGCUGUGUUUAGAUGAUGACUGGUUUUCUAAAUGCCCGCCUGGCUGCAGACUCCAAGGUUUGAUCUCACAGAUGGAAAACAAAGUGGAAAGAAAACUGCGGGAGGUGUGUAAAACAGCAGAGAUGUAUGAAGAUGCAACAGAGAAGUCCAUGACUACAAUGACUCACAUAUACAACUUUAACCGGCGAGUCAUCAUCAACAGAUACAUGUUUAAGCUGAAAUUCGUGGAACAAGCAGAAGAAUUGGGCAGAAAUUUCACAACGCUACAGAAACGAUCAAGCAGUCUGUCCCAACAGAUAAAAAAACUGAUUAGCAAACUGCAGAAACAGACAGAGGAGCUAUAUCGAACAGAGGUGGACAUUGACAUGAAGCUACGAGCCUGUCGCGGGUCUUGCCAGUCUGUGCUGCCAUUUGAAAUUGAUCAUCCCGACUAUCACAUCCUUCGAACUCACAUGGAAGACAUGGACAAGACUCUAAACAGAAGAGCCAAAGCACCUUUACCUCCUGCAGGCAUCCCACAUAUUAAGCUCCAGCCUAUAGACAUAGUCCCAGAACCAGCUGAAGGAUACAAGACGAUCCCGACAGUCCAGAAAGAACUACUGACCCAAUUUGAGGACAUUGAACAGAAUCAGAUCAUUUUGGAGGAGCUACUGGAGGAGUUAGAGGAUGUAAAUGAUCACAAUCAUGUAGAAAGGUUUAAUUAAAUAUGGGGCUGACAGAAAACAAGGAAGCACAUUGUAAUCUUGUUACUUAAAUAACCAUUAUUUUGUUUCAUCUGCAAAGUUUAGCUAUCGUUUCAGUUUAUAUUUGGAUCAGCAAUGUGAGUAGUUUGUGGGCUAGUCUUUUCCAUAUUUUUCGGUGGUAUGUCAUUUGAAUAGAUGAGAUAACAUGAAGAAUAACUCUGAUUUAUGACAUGCUGUUUUACAGUUCAAUCCAGGGGCAUUUUUGAUUAAAAACAAUGGGGGGGAAAAGCCUUUUGGUGAAUUUAAAUAUAGUUAAACUACUAACGUUAAUGAUGCAGUCUGUGUUCUGCUGGGAAACUUUGAGUCAAGGUAUUAGUGGAUGUUACUGUGACAUCUCCCUAAACACACCCACAGUACACUCCCACUUUUGGCAGUGGAACUGCCUUACAGCAUCUGCUUUGUCAGGCAAGAGAAUAGACCCCACAAGCAAAAGCUAGCUUGUGUUAUUACAUUGAAGAGGUGGACUGUGCUUUUUUCAAAGGAUGAUGGGAGUAGACAGUAUUACUAAUUCUGUGCCUUAUCAAUGCACCUGAGAAAUUCUCCUGUUACCUCCAUUCAUUAUCCAGACAAUGCACUCCUGUUUGGUCAUCUGUUAUUUACCUCACAAACUCCAUGAUUAGGCAAUAAAACUAUUACUUUACCCUCGCUGUGCAGUCAUUGCUUUAUGCAACUUACUAAAUUUUAUUUGUGUAAGUGAAAAUGCUGUCUGAAUGGUUACAAGUUGCUAUCCAUUGUAUCCUUAUUCUGUUUUAUUAAAUAGUUUCUGAU